AUGUCUUUCCCCUUGUGUCUACCCUGGCCUCAGCGAGCCUACUGGGGCGAGUUUGACCUCAACGGACUCAAGAUAAAACCUAGAGACCGUGCCCUACACGAUUCAAGUUCCACCACCGAUAUCCCCCCGUACUUCUGGGGCAAGGGUCUCCGGGGCCGUGGGCUCGGGAGAUUCCUCACCCGAAGGACUGCCAAGCCCAGACAUUCUGGGUACACUGAAGCUAGAAGUCUGAUCGGACGCGGUACUGUUGAUGAUCUCCAGCGACUCUCGUAUCAAGCAAGCACUUUCGUUAUUGAAGUAUUCGAGGAUAUUGAAGAUGCUUCUGGUACUUCGUCAACUGAAUCCUUGUCGUCAGGUCCCAGAGUAACUCAGCUAAGACUCUCCCCUGAGCUAGAGGCAUGGAAAUCCUCCCAGCAUGCGAUCGGCAAUGUCUUGCCGCCCAAAGGCGCUGGGUUGAGCCCUGUAUCCCAAGAGAUCCUCCACAUCCUUGGCGCAGAGGAUUGGCCUGAAGCUCUCAAGACGACGAACGCCCUGUUUGGAUGCGGUAUCGCUAGUCUUCUCAUGGGUGCUGCUGAUUCAAGCACCAUGUUCUCCAACUACGUAACCGACAUGGCCUUCUAUUACGAACACGGAUACAACUAUGUAUUUCCCAACCUUGAGCCGCUGUUGGAGAAGGGUCUUAAUGAUCCUCAUGCACUACGAACCCCUGGCGGUCGAGAGCGUCGCGAUGCAGUGGCCAUUGGCAAGCGAUACAUCCAGGGCAAGAUCGCCCUUGAGAAGAAGCACAAGGGCCAUCUACUGAACCGUUCUGCGCGUCUUGAUCGACGGACUGCUCAGAUCGUGUCGCUGUCUGAGAGUAGUCUUCUUGGCAUGGCGGCUGAGGCCACGGCACGAGGCUUUGACCCUGGCGCUGUCAUGGCCGAUCUUGUGUUUAGUUCACCAGGUACCGAUGUCGUUGACGUUGGAUGUGACCUUGUCAACUCAGAGGUCAUGAACUCGUUCUUGAAUGUCACUGAUAUCACGGAUACUGGUGUUGUGAGUGAGGAUGUUUUGAGGAGAAUUUAUGAUGCGUAUGCUGUUAUGGGCGCGAGGAUGCUCACUCAGCGUUGGCACGAACCUGUUGCGAGGAUGUGUGCUGCGCUGUAUACAUGGCAUAUCCAGAACGAUCGACAUAUGUUCUUUCGUCGUGCUUUGUUGGGUUGGUCCAAGGCAAGGAAGACGCCUGCUCAGCCUCAGAGUGAGGGCGAUUUCGAUGAGGUGUUUGACAAGCAAUUCCGUCUGACUGGAUUCUCUCGUCCUCUCGAGGCCAAGUACGCUUGCAACGGUGAAGACACCUGCGAUCACGUCCACGACCAUCUUGCGCGCUACCAAGAAGAGCCACUUCUCGAAGAGCUCUGGUGGUACCUCGUCACUGGCCCACUCGAGUAUGUCCGGGGUGGCAAGGUUGACGAGGCUCGUGAAUUGGAAUUAGCCGAAGGGUCGAGGCUACGAAUGGCCAAGCUUUUCGCUAAGGGUCGGGUAUUGGAGAUGGUCUGGUUGAUUGCCCAUGCGAACCAUCACGCUUGGCAGGUCAACUACUUGUUUGAGGCUGCCAUGUUUGGUAGCAUUCUUGAUGGAGGCAAAUUGAUUGGAAAGCUGGACAGAAAGGAUCAAUGA